CGCAUCCAAGGACCAUCCCAGACGCUUGCAACUCAAUGCUACAGAAAGAUGGGGGCCUAAAAGAUGGGGGCAUUUUUGCUCUCUGAUAUAAAAAAGGCCGCAAUAUUCCGCUGCUGCUGUUAGCCUCUUGAGCAGAAACACCGAUCAACAAAACGACGAUGAAGGGCCUUUCUGCUGUCAUUGCUUUCUCUAGCAUCACCGGCUUGACCACCGCUGCAGGCUCGAAUGGCUGUGGGAAACCGUUGCCCAAACAUCAAAGCGCCGGAGGGGACAGCCAUCAAACGCACUUCACGACGUCCGAUGGUACUGAGCGCACCUAUCUGAUUCACAUUCCAUCCAACUACGACACGAAUACCCCAGUCCCCUUGAUCUUUUCGUUUCACGGCCGGAGUGGAAACUCGGCGAACCAGGAGGGCCUGUCGCAGUUCAGCAACGAGGAUUGGAACCCAAAUGGCAUCGCGGUGUAUCCCCAAGGACUAGAUGAACAAUGGCAGGGUGAUCCGGCCUCUGAAGGAGUGGAUGACAUCGCGUUCACACUCGAAAUGCUCGACCACUUCGAGGACCGGUACUGCAUUGACUCGUCUCGCAUCUACGCUGCCGGCAAGUCGAACGGUGGCGGAUUCACGCAUCUCCUAGCAUGCGACAGCACUGCGUCCACUCGCAUUGCGGCAUUCGCACCAGUCGCGGGCGCCUACUACCAGGAGGUCUCCGAAGAUGACUGUAAUCCGAUAACCGUCCCAAUCGAAUGCAAUCCCGGCCGGUCCCCGAUCCCGAUCAUCGAAUUCCACGGCUUCGAGGACGAGACGAUCCCCUAUGCUGGAGGACCCAGACGCGGAGAGUGUCUUCCUUCCGUGCCCCAUUUUGUGCGGGAAUGGUCCAAACGGGACGGGUUCGGGCUGCACAACAAGACCACCAACUUGUACGAUCACCAGGUGCAACGAUACGAGUAUGCAAGUGGGGAUGCCUUUGGCACUGUGACGCAUUAUCGCAUUGGAGGAUUGGGACACGACUGGCCAAGUACGGGGCCAAACAGCGACAACCCGGACGGAACGUAUCUGGACGCGACGCCGCUGAUCAUGGACUUUUUCAACCGAUGGGCAUUGUAAUUGGUUAUAUUGUACGGAUAUAGCCUUGGUGCAAUUAUCAUAGUAGGUAGUAUUAGCAUUGCUUUUAGCUAAUGUCAAGGAAAUUAC